ACAAACGCCGUCUCCCUGUCAGUACACUUUCACUUUACGCAGAGACCAAGUUGUCCGCCUCUGUCUGUGGCUUUUCACCCAAAAAAACUCGCCCAAAAACACAACGUGCCCGUUCACUUCCCGGCCGUGUUUGACGGACUGUGACGUGUGAAGGUGUAUUCGCCGCUUCAGCCUCCUCGUGUGAACACUAAAAGAAGAAAACGAGCCGUAAACAACGCGGUUAGCUAACUUUGAAGCGACAAUGUUCUGACAUCUAAAGCAAGCCAACAGCCGUGUGUGCCGACUCUGACCUCCAGGACAGAUAUCACGCUAUGGAGCGGACUGCACUGAAACAGAGCCAGCUGUGUGGCUCCUGGGAGAUGAAGGAGAGGCUUGGGAUGGGAGGCUUUGGACAUGUCUACCUGUAUCAGCACCUUGAGUCGGGAGAGAAGAUUGCUGUGAAACUUUGCCGCCUGGAGCUCAACUCCAAGAACAAGGACCGCUGGAGCCGAGAGAUUCAGAUCAUGAAGAAGCUCAACCAUGUGAAUGUGGUUCAGGCCAGAGAAGUUCCUGAAGAGUUGAGCGCCAUUGCUCUAAAUGAUUUACCUCUAUUGUCUAUGGAGUACUGCUCAAGAGGAGACCUACGCAAGGUGUUAAAUAAACCAGAAAAUUGCUGCGGGCUAAAGGAGAGUGAAGUCCUCCUGCUGCUCAGUGACAUUGGUUCUGGUAUCCAAUACCUCCAUGAAAACAAGAUCAUUCACAGAGACCUAAAGCCAGAGAACAUAGUUCUGCAGGAUAUUGAUGGGAAGCUUGUCCAUAAAAUCAUAGAUCUGGGUUAUGCUAAAGACCUUGACCAGGGCAGUCUGUGCACAUCCUUUGUUGGAACUCUCCAGUAUCUGGCUCCAGAGCUGUUUGAGAGUAAACCCUACACUGUAACAGUGGACUACUGGAGCUUUGGGACAGUGAUUUUUGAAUGUACUUGUGGCUUUCGACCCUUUUUACACCACAUGCAGCCUGUACAGUGGACAAGUAAAGUCAAGAACAAAGGUCCCAAAGACAUCAUGGCAGUGGAGGACAUGAACGGGGAAGUCAGAUUCUCCACACACCUCCCAUAUCCCAAUAAUCUCAGCAGGCCGCUUCUGGAACCAACCGAGUCUCUUCUGCAGAUGCUGCUGCUGUGGGACCCUGCAGCACGUGGUGGAGGGCUGGAUCCAGACACAAAGAAGCCGAGCUGCUACACAGCUUUACAGAAUAUUCUCAACAUGAAGGUGAUUCAUGUGUUGGACAUGACGUCAGCCCAGCUGCACUCGUUGGUUUUGGGUGCUGAGGAGAACUUACACUCCCUGCAGCUUCGUCUAGAGACACACACUCAGUCCCACAUCUCCCCGCUGAGUCAGGAGCUGCUGCUGGAGACGGGAAUCUCCCUCGACCCACGCAGACCGCCCUCACACUGUCUGCCAGAGGGAUUGCGAGGCUGUGACAGCUCCAUAGUCUUCCUCUUCGAUAAGAGCCUGAACAAGUACUCUGGACCACUGACUGCCAGACCUCUGCCUGACAGUGUCAACUUUAUAGUGAGGGAGACAAAAACACAGCUGCCACUGUCUGCAUUGAGAAAGGUGUGGGGGGAAGCAGUCAGCUACAUUUGUGGACUGAAAGAGGACUACAUCCGCCUGUACCGAGGACAGAGAGCAGCCAUACUGAGUCUGCUGCGUUACAACACCAACCUAACACGAUACAAGAACCUGCUGUUCUCCCAGUCGCAGCAGCUCAAAGCCAAGCUGGCCUUUUUUAAGACCAGCAUCCAGCACGACCUCGAGCAGUACACCAAGCAGAGACACACUGGCGUCUCUUCGGAAAAAUUGCUGAAGACUUGGCAGGAAAAUGAAGACAAGGCUGAUGGAUAUAUGAAGGUUGCAGAUGUGGGGUAUCUGGAUGAAGAGAUAGUGGCCGUACAUUUUGAGAUUGUUGAGUUGCAGAGGAGUCCAUUUGCAAGGAGACAGGGUGAUGUCAUGGAACAGCUUGAGCAGAAGGCGAUUGAACUCUACAAGCAACUGAAAGCCAAAUGCAAAAGUCCUGACCCUCCACAUGGCUACAGUGACAGCUCUGACAUGGUGAAGACAAUACUCCAAACAGUUCAGAACCAGGACAGGGUGCUCAAAGACUUGUACACUCACCUGAGUACAAUUCUGGUGUGUAAGCGUCGCAUCGUUGAUUUGUUCCCAAAGUUGGAGAGGGCGGUGGGGAACAUAAAAACCGCAGAGGCGGCAGUGAUGCAGAUGCAAAUGAAGAGACAGAAAGAGUUCUGGUACCUCCUCAAGAUUGCCUGUGCCCAGAGCAAUUCUCCACCACAAUCGCUUUUGCAACGACCCACUGAUAGUGAAACUGUUCAUGAAUUACUGGAUGAAAAUCAACGUUAUCUGAGUCAGCUUACUUCUCUACUGCAAGACACCACCCAGGAGAUGGAGCACAGUGUUAUGGAGCAGGACUGGAGCUGGACUCAGUACGGAGCAGUGAAGAACCCGACCAAAGACUCAGUGUUAUGAGUCAACGAAGUAUACUGUAAACACGUGCCUUAUCAGAGUUACACUAUCUGAAAGCUUUGUGAUUCCAUACUGUGUCAUUUACAUAAUAAUGCUGUAAGACAAUAUGUGAAACAGCAUGUUGUGGUAAGCUAUUCAUGUUUUAACUUAAAUGUGUAUUGUUGAAUUUUAAGAUCUACCCAUAGCUGCAACCAAGACUUAUUUAUUUUACUAGUAAUUUUGAUUAGAGUAAAUGAUGGCUGCUGACAAACUUUGCAUGAUGGAAUGUGAAUACAUGUUAUAUAUGUCUGGCACAUAAACAACAUUUUGUCUUUGUUCAAACACUUUGAAUGUGCAUUUUCUUAGAAUCCGUUUGUCUUUUGUCUCCAUGUGUUAAACUCCUCAAGAUACUCGGUCUCGGGUUAUUUACAUUCUCACAGUGUGUCAGACAACUGUCUGCACACAUACAGGAAAUUGCUUGUUUAUGAGACCCAGGGUUCAAAAUGCUCUUGAGGUCUGCUGAAAUCCAAAUGAUGGGGAGGCUAAACAAGAGGAACGUGGAGAAAAUUAUGGAAAUGUAAUGUUGACCUUCUUCAAGAGAGGAAGUAUCCUGCUGUGUGUAAAAAUGCAUUUGUAACUGUGCAAAAACAUGCAUAUCCACCUAUAUAUUAUCAUACAGUGACCUUCAACAUUAUAAUUUGUUGAGUGUUUUCAUUUCACUUUCAUUUCGUUUGAUUGUAUGAUAAGAAGAAAAGGCAGAAAUAGAAAGACAUGAUAGAAACUCUAACCCACUAUGUGAGACUGCACGCUUUGAUGACACAUUUGUUAAAUAAAACGGUCAACCGAG